CUAGCAUAAAUCAUCAAUUUACCAACCUCAAUACUACAUACUCUCGUGUAUAGAUGCCUGGACCCAUCCCAUUUACCUACAAUCGAACAGAACUGGAGUACGGUUGCGCAGUGACCAACACCAAAGAAAUCUCAUCUGGUGACAUAAUGGCUCCAGCUUCGAACCCCUCAUACCUCAUUAUCGGUGCGGGCGUGUUCGGUGUCUCAACAGCCUACCAUCUCAUUCGAAAAUACCCCAAUGCCUCAAUCACCCUCAUCGAUAGAGAUGCAUACGAUGCGGAAUCGCGCGUAGCUGCAUCGUGGGACUGGAACAAGGUUGUCCGUGCGGAUUAUGACGACAAAGUCUAUUGCAAAUUAGCUCUUGAAGCGCAGGACACCUUCAAAUCCGAUCCACUUUGGCAGCCACACUUCCAUCAGACAGGUGUCUACUGGACUUGCCGGAGUGAUUAUGCUCAGAAUGUGAUUAACAAUCACAAGGAGCUGGGGAGGAACGACGAUAUCAUUGCUUUACCUGUUGCUGAGGCUAGGAAGUUGUACGGUGGCAUCUUUGAUAAUGCCGAUUAUACAGGAGUGAAGGAGGUGCUGAUUAACAGGGCCAGUGGGUGGGCUGCUGCUGGUGACUCCUUGCGAGCGGUGACGAAACGGUGUAUCGAACUAGGUGUGAAAUAUGUUACAGCGGAGGUAGCUUCUUUGGAGUUUGACGGACGCGGUUCUUGCACUGGUGUUAAGACAAAGAGUGGCCAGGCCCUAUCUGCUACUCACACUAUCAUUGCGGCUGGUGCAUUCACGCCCACUUUGUUGGAAUGGAGUGCUGCGAAGAGCAGGAAUCCUGGUUUGCGGGCUGGAGAGCGCAUCUUGGCUGCUGGUAUUACGACAGGGAUGGCGCAGCUUAGGAAAGAACAGUAUGAGAAGUACAAGGAUAUGCCUGUUGGCUUCCAGGGCUAUACGCCCGAUGAAGGCAAGCCUUUCAUCGGUAGUUUGCCCCCUACCAAGGACGGAGAGAUGAAGUGGUGGGGAUCAAAGAUUUUCACAAACACUCGCGAAGUGCUUCCUGGUCAAUUUAUCUCCUCACCUCCACCGACACACGACUAUAACCAGUGGAAGGUUCCGGGACCAUUGAAGCAAGAUAUCGUUGAGGCGAGGAACCUCUGGUACGGACCCGAGAGCGCGACAUGGGAAAUGACAAAACACAGAAUCUGCUGGGACGCCUUUACAACCACUUCAGACUUUAUUAUCUCCCCCCACUCCGCCUCAAAGGGUCUUUUCAUUGCCACAUGCGGCUCAUUUCACGGCUACAAGUUCUUCCCUGUUCUUGGAAAAUAUGUCACUCAGAUGCUGGAGGGUGAACUUGAGCCUGAGUUGGUGGAGAAGUGGGCUUGGGAUCGUCAGCGACCUGAUUCCUCGGCGAACGUGGAGUAUCCCAACUCUGAGAUGAAGCAUCUGUUGCAUCCUACUGCUAAGCUGUAGUCAUUAGUUAUUACGAUUUUUUGAAACUGGCGUAUGCAGAUACUAUAAUCGAACGCGUUAUAUAUAGUAUAACGUCCUUUGGAAACGAUCCCCAGAACUGAUGCUUCCUUUGCUGCAUUUAAUUCAUCGUGGCGAUAAUUAAGAUAUUACCUUCCAAAGGAUGGAACUCAAAAGACGUGUGUCAUCUACUCAUAAAUCAACAUAUUGAAGGAACGCGCGAUGGCAGCCAAUUGUACUGGCCUAUCGACGGAAGCAAGGCAAACCAACCACCAUACAGAACCAGGAAGCCUGCGGUGGUGAUGUAAGCAAUAGGUUGAUGGCAAAUAUCGAUCCGAAGCUCAUAUUAAUAUUAAGCAGGGGGGUUCAGUAACUCUUCAUAUCCUCAGAUGUGUGUAGAAACUAAGUCAGUGCUAAGGUCGAAAUGAAGAAAUCGGGUCACUGGCGGGGGAAGGUGGGGUUUGAUCUUUCUGCU